AUGUCGUCCACUAAAGCGUCCCUUGAAGAGAUAUUCUCAGAUGAAUCUAGCUUCUAUGGCGAUGAGAGCGAGCAAGCGCGGCUGGAAGAACAAGCAGCCACAUACGACCCUGAACCUUUCUGGGCGGAGAUUCACCCACGCUUGCUCUCAACGAUUCAACAUGGCUUGAGCGCGCCGCCUCCGCCUUUGGAAAUGGAGAUCGAUACUCCCACCAAGCAGGAAGAGGAGGAUGGGCUCUCAACAUGCCGGCCCAGGGACAGGCGCGGCCCUGGAGAGUCCAUCACGGCAUUUACAUCUCGUCUUCCUCCAUCCAGGACAUCCUUUUCCGGCGCCGGCCCGUGGAUAUGGAUGUACAAGCCCAAAGCCCAAGUGAAAGAAGGCGACGUCGCGACCUUUUUAAGAAAGGGCAACGAGCUGCUCCAAGCAUACGAGGAGGAAGCCUCUAGUCUCCGUGCUGUGCACGACAAGUCCGGCGCGAAAACCACAGCCCCUCUAACACGCAAAUUGAACCCACUCCGCCGGACGCUGGAGCAGAAUAUAUUUGCGUUGGCCAAAGAGACUGGGGUGACGUCUGGAAAGUGGAUGUUUUUCCCGUCAGUGGAUUACGUGGAUUCCGUUUGGAAGACCGUCGUGACGGCGCUUGAUAAAGGCGAACUAGGGGAGGCGGCCAAGGUCGCGACGGACGAUGGAUCUGGGCAGGCGCGGCUGAUCUGCGUUUAUACGGAGGAUUUCAGUGAUAAGGAGGAUGUGAAGAGGGUGUUGAAGACUCUGGUUGAGAAAGGGCUCGUGGACGAAGAGGCGAGGCCGAUUUAUUACAAGUGUGACGCGUAUACCCAUCUCGAUAUCAAGUCUAAUAAUUCCUAUGGGCUGAAGGCGAGCUUGUUCUCUAGUCGGGAUGUUUUGACUGGGAAGGUCUGA